CUUCAGGGCCAAUGGUUUCCUGCUAAAGCUGAACUAGAGGCAGACUUCCCAGAUUGGAAGUUUGACUACAGUCUCACUGGCUGGAGCAAUAGCCAGAUUGCCUUGAAGUGUCACGGGCGGGACAGGCUGAUAGUCCAAUGGCAGUUGUAUUCGUGCUAAGCUACAAUCUGGGCUCUAUUCCGUCAGGUACGGGCAGGCUUGAUUGUCAAGACGUAGCUCGAGGAGCUACGAACAGAUCUCGCGGCAGCGAGGUGCAGAAUCUUCAACCCACAAGGGCCCAUGCUUUCCACAUGCCGGGUUCCACCCAUGGGUCCUGGCAGGCACGGCGCAAUCGCCGUGACAUGAAGUGGCUAAAAGAGGUGUAUCUGCCACAAACCAAGCCUCAAGGUGACGAGUGGAGGCUACUGGUCCUCGACGAGCAUUCCAGUCAUACAACCGGCGACUUCAUGGCUACAGCUCGGCUAAACAAGGUUCAGUUGGUCUAUCUGCCUGCUCACACCUCUGUGAGGAUACGCGCACAACCAACCCACUCAGCUAUGUCGUAUCUCCCUGAAAAAGGGUGUCGAAUCGCAAGUCGCUCCGACUUUGCAAUCCUGUGGGUUAUAUGUGGGUCACAGCGCAGCUGCCCCACACUGCACUCUGACAACCUCCCACAAAACUCAGCCUCUCGACCGCAGUGUUUUCUCAGCUCUGAAAAACUACUUACGGCAAGUUACCAAGGCCCUGGCAAGCUUCACAGCAUCGGCUGCCGUGAACAAGCGACGGUUCCUCUAUUGCUAUAGGGAUGCAUCUAGGCUUGGAAUGUCUGCUAGGAAUAUUAUCUCUGGGUUUAGGAACACCGGUAUUUGGCCGCUGGAUCCAUCCAAAGUGCUGG